AUGGCGUCCCAAAGGCCAGGGGCGCCCCCCUCGCCCAACACCGACAUCUGUCCGGUCUGCAAAACGAUGCGCUACCUCAAUCGCGACCUAGAAUUCCUCAUCAACCCGGAAUGCUACCACCCGAUGUGCGCUAACUGCGUGGCUCGCAUCUUCGCCGACGGCCCCGCCCAGUGCCCGUACGCAGGGUGCCAGAAGACGCUGCGCAAGAAGGCCUUCAAGGCGGCCUACUUCGGCAACCUGGCGGUGGAGCGCGAGGUGGACAUCCGGCGCCGCGUCCACGCCGUCUUCAACAAGGAAGAACCCGACUUCGAGUCCCUCGCCGACUACAACGCCUACCUGGAGCAGGUCGAGGAGCUCACCUUCAACCUCGUCUCCGGCAACCCGGACCAGCGGUCCAAGGCCGAGGCCGAGAUGCGCGACUGGGAGGCGAAGCACAAGAGCGAGAUCGAGGAGCGGCGGCGCCAGGCGCGGGAAUCCGAGGCCCAGCGCCUCGCCAGGGAGCGCGAGGCGAAGGACGCCGCGCGCCGCCGCCGGCUCGACGCCGCGCGCGAGGACGCCGAGGAGAAGGCCCGCGACGCCCGCGAGAGGGAGGAGAUACUCGACACCCUCGCCACCGGGGACGCCAGCCACGCGCGCGCCACCAUGCAGAAGGUCGCCCUGAAGAAGCGCGGCCAGCACAGGCUGGACGCCGCGCGGUCCAGCCUCUUGGACGCCGCCUCGUCGAACCUCUCCAUCCGCGGCUUGAAGAAGGACAAGAAGCGCGAGGCGGUCGACGAGGGACCUUACGACCCUUUUGGCGGCUUGGACUUGGCGCUGCAGCGGUAUACCCUUGGCCCGCUCGACGGGUACCGGAACGACUGGGUCGAUGCCGCGCGGUCGCGCAGCGAUAUCGUCGUGGGUGGGUACAGCGCCGAAGAAUAUCUCUCUCGGGCCAUGUUCGAGGCCUUUUCCGGUAUGGGUGUCUUCAUCGAGGAUGAGAAGGGCGAUGGGGAGUUGGCGACCAGGGAGGCGGCACAGGCUGCUGCUGCUACUAGCGACACCGCACAAAAGAUGGAUGUGGACGUCUUCGCAUGA